UGAAAUCUGGAGUCAGUACAUCAGGAACCCUGGCAUCAUGGACAGCUUCAAAGCAGUGUGGUUACUUGGUCUUCUGUUGAUUUUCCAAUCCAGCUUGGUGAGAUGUCAAAGCUACAAUCCAAAACAUAUAUUCACCUGUUUUGAGAUCCUUUCGAAGGGCAUUGCGGAUGUCAGCAUAGAGGUCCUUCCCAAGUUCAAGGAGUUGGUCAAGUGCACGCGCUUUGUGCCGGAUGGGAGUUUAGAGGAUCUGGAGACCCCACGUUUCAGGGAGUUGGCCUCCGCCUUCCUACUGAAGCUCGUCCGAGGACCAAGCUGCCUUGAGAAGUAUGCAGAUGGCAUGAUGGAGCUUAUAAAGCCACAUAAAGCCCAAUUUGAUACGAAUAAGUGCGCCUAUUUGGGUGUUGCUCCACAAUGUUGGCCCACCACAAAGUAAAGAUAAUGGAACAGAUGAUGUGUGCCUAAUAAUUAGAAAAGUUUAUUAAUUCGUUCAUUUCAAAUGCUUCAUUUUAAUAUCAAUCUUUAUUUUGUGCUACCUAUUCUCGGGAUAUCAUAAAUCAAGUAUAUGAUGCUUGAUUUUUUCAGAAUCGAACGUAAAAAUUUCUGUGUGCAAAUAGGCAUACCAAAUCAACUUAUUUACCACGAUCCAGAAGCUAAAUACAUAUCUUCUCUUACCUAUAUUUGUUUCUUAAA